GGACUCUCUGGGCCGGAAGUGGCGUCACCCUGGAGGCGGAGGAGCUACGGCGCGGGCUCGAUUCGCUCGCCACGCUCCUGGCAUUGUGGCGAGCGUAGCGGAUUGUUGGUGGCGUGGAUACUAGAGGAACUGUGCCGCUGUCGUAGCUCCUCCCCUUAUGUCGUGACUCCUCCCCCUGACGGAAAAGGUCCCUUAGGCCACUUGGAUCUAGCCUCAACCCGGACGCUGUGACCGUCACCUGGUCCUGUGGAACCGUCACUUCCAGUGACGUCAUUGACCGGAAGCCGGAAGUGUACGCGCGUGUCCCGUGACUGCAGCGGGCGGGAGAGUAGCAGUGAAGAAGACAUCCGGUGAGUGUGAAACACCCAGCAGCCAUCCCUGUGUGUCAGGAGGACUGAGCAGGACCCAGAGCCCCAUCACGGUGCCUCGACCUCACUCACUGAUACAUGAGAGAAACAAUGACCAGUAGAUCCUGGAACUCAUCAACAAGAUCAUUCAGCUGUUGACUGGAGAGGAGGGGGAGUAUAUAGAGGAAAACAGGAGUCUGUACAAGGACGUGAUGAUGGAAAAUCACCAGCCCCUCGCAUCACUGGAUGGGCCCAGUAACAGAGAUACUCCAGAGAGAUGUCCCCGUCCUCUGUAUUCCCAGGAUUGUACAGAGGAGAAUCACAGAAUCCCACAGGAGGAUCAGCGUGAGGCCCUUUUUGAUAUAAAGGCAGAAGAUAUAGAGGGAGAAGAAGAGACGUAUGUGACUGAUAUGAAGGCAGAAGAUAUAGAGGGAGAAGAAGAGACGUAUGUGACUGAUAUGAAGGCAGAAAAUAUAGAGGGAGAAGAAGAGACGUACGUUACUGAUAUGAAGGCAGAAGAUAUAAAGGAAGAAGAAGAGACGUAUGUGGCUGAUAUGAAGGCAGAAGAUAUAGAGGGAGAAGAAGAGACGUAUGUGGCUGAUAUGAAGGCAGAAGAUACAGAGGUAGAAGAAGAGACGCAUGUGACUGAUAUGAAGGCAGAAGAUAUAGAGGGAGAAGAGACGAAUAUGACUGAUAUGAAGGCAGAAGAUACAGAGAGAGAAGAAGAGACGUAUGUGACUGAUAUGAAGGCAGAAGAUAUAGAGGGAGAAGAGACGUAUGUGACUGAUAUGAAGGCAGAAGAUAUAGAGGGAGAAGAAGAGACGCAUGUGGCUGAUAUGAAGACAGAAGAUAUAGAGAGAGAAGAAGAGACGUAUGUGACUGAUAUGAAGGCAGAAGAUAUAGAGGGAGAAGAAGAGACGUAUGUGACUGAUAUGAAGGCAGAAGAUAUAGAGGGAGAAGAAGAGACGUAUGUGAAGGGUGAUCAGCAGUGUAAGGAGGAGGAAAUCCCUACAGUUAUCAGCACAGCAGAUGGACGCAUAAUGAAGAACACCUUGGAGGGACAUAUCAUUUUGUCUUCAGAUUUUAAAAUUGAAGAUGAAAUCAUCCCACAACAUUUCCCAAGAGAAAAACCCAUUAAUGAGAAUAUAAAUUCAGUACUUGACAGUGCAGCUACAUCACCUGAGCCAUCUAGUCCUGAGGAACGUUCCCCCGAUAGCUCAGAUAUUGCUACAAAUAGUAGAACUCAUGGAGGUGAUAUACUCUUCUCCUGUUCUGAAUGUGGGAAAUGGUUCACACGCAAAUCGUCUCUUAUUAUACAUAAGAGAAUACAUACUGGUGAGAAGCCAUUUCCAUGUUCUGAGUGUGGGAAAUGUUUUGUAAAGAAAUCAGGUCUUGUUUCACAUCAGAGAUGUCACACAGGUGAGAGGCGAUUUCCAUGUCCCGAGUGUGGGAAAUGUUUUACAGAGAAAUCGGGUCUUCUUACACAUCAGCGAAGUCACACAGGUGAGAAGCCAUUUCCAUGCUCUGAGUGUGAGAAAUGCUUUACACAGAAAUCAGGUCUUGUUAUACAUCAGCGAAGCCACACUGGUGAGAGGCCAUUUCUAUGCUCUGAGUGUGGGAAAUGUUUUACACGGAAAGCAGAUCUUGCUCAACAUCAGAGAUAUCACACAGGUGAGAAACCAUUUACCUGCUCUCAGUGUAGGAAAUGUUUUACACAAAGAUCACAUCUUGUUAUACAUCAGCGAAGUCACACAGGUGAGAAACCAUUUCCAUGCUCUUGGUGUGAGAAAUGUUUUACACGGAAAUCACAUCUUGUUAAUCAUCAAAAAAUUCACACAGCUGAGAAACCAUUUCCAUGCUCUGGGUGUGAUAAAUGUUUUACACGGAAAUCACAUCUUGUUAAUCAUCAAAAAAUUCAUACAGCUGAGAAAGUAUUUCCAUGCUCUGAGUGUGAGAAAUGUUUUACACAGAAAUCACAUCUUGUUAUUCAUCAAACAAGUCACACAGGUGAGAAGCCAUUUCCAUGCUCUCAGUGUGGGACAUGUUUUGCACAGAAAUCAAAUCUUGUUAAACAUCAGAGACGUCACACCGGUGAGAAACCAUUUCAGUGUUCUCAGUGUGGGAAAUGUUUUACACAGAAAUCACAUCUUGUUAAUCAUCAAAACAUUCACACAGGUGAGAAGCCAUUUCCAUGUUCUGAGUGUGAGAAAUGUUUUACACGGAAAUCACAUCUUGUUAAUCAUCAAACAAGUCACACAGGUGAGAAGCCAUUUCCAUGUUCUGAGUGUGAGAAAUGUUUUACACAGAAAUCAAAUCUUGUUCUACAUCAGAGAAGACACACAGGGGAGAGGCCAUUUUCAUGCUCUGAGUGUGGGACAUGUUUUGCACAGAAAUCAAAUCUUGUUAAACAUCAGAGACAUCACACAGGUGAGAGACCUUUUCCAUGUUCUCAGUGUGGUAAAUGUUUUACACAGAAAUCACAUCUUGUUAAACAUCAGAGACAUCACACAGGUGAGAGACCAUUUCCAUGUUCUCAGUGUGGGAAAUGUUUUACACAGAAAUCAAAUCUUGUUAAACAUCAGAGACAUCACACAGGUGAGAGACCAUUUCCAUGUUCUCAGUGUGGGAAAUGUUUUACACAGAAAUCAGAUCUUGUUAAACAUCAGAGACAUCACACAGUUUAGAAGCCAUUUCCAUGCUCUGAAUGUGGUCCAAAUCUUUCACAUACAUGAUAAUAUAAACCACAGAGAUAAGUGCUGUCACUAAAAAGUAUUAAUAUAUUUUAUUAAAAUGACCUUAAUCACAUUUAAGAAUUCUGAGAAAACCUGAACAUCCUGUGACUUUAAGAAAUACUUUAGCAGCAACACAUCAAAACAUGUAACAAUUUGUAUUCCUCACUGGAGGCCUACUUUGAAACAAUGUAUCAAUCUACCCUCUAUAUAAUAUAUAGUGUCUCUUAUAAUUGAAAGGAAUUACUUAGAAAAAGCUCCACGCGUGGGCUGAUUGAAACACUUGAGACCAUAUAUUGGUAGAGGGUUUGAGAGUUCAUCCGUGGUAUAUGUAGGAAUUAUUCACAUUGACAUCAUCCGCUCAAUUAUUUGUGAGAUCCCUAUUAGCCCUUAGUUCCCAAUGAGUAGAAUUUGGAAAAUGUUUGCAUUAAUAAAGAUGUUGAGCUUAUUA